AUGCGCCCUCCGGGGGCACCUGGGAUGCCUCAGGCUGCCGUCUCUCGACCGCGGUCGCCGCGCUCGGCGGCCCCUGAGCCCGCUCCGUGGGCGCCUCGGGCGCCGCUGCUCAAGGGUCCCUCCGGCGAGCUGCCGGCUUCGUCGCCGCCGGUCGCUGCCGGGCCGCCGGUCGCUGCCGGGCCGCCGGUCGCUGCCGGGCCGCCGGUCGCUGCCGGGCCGCCGGUCGCUGCCGGGCCGCCGGUCGCUGCCGGGCCGCCGCGUCGGGUCCCUGGAGGCCCAAGUGUCCCCUCGCCGCUUGCGCCUCCUGUCUCCUCGGGCCAGCCGCGGUCGCCGCCGGGCCGCUCGCCUACCUCGCUGCCGCCAGGCUGGAUCCGCGGCCGGAACGCGCGCGCCUGUCGCCAGGAGAUCGCGCGCUGGGAGCGCGAGCGAGAGAGCGAGGCCUGCAGACGGCGAGAGGAGGGCGCCCGCGGGCUCGAGUGGGCGGUUGGAGGCGCGGCGGCGGACGCCGGCGUCGACGAGCUGCUGAGGGUCAAGAUGGGGGACGUGGAGAACGAGGACGCGGCCAGGCGAGGGAGAGGCAAAUGCGCGGCGCAGCAGGGGCGCGCGGGCUUUCGAAACUCGAGCUGCCCCGGGGCGGUGAACCCACGCGCCUCGGCAUCGAGGAGGCGCCGGCCGUUGCCGCUCUCGAUUCCGCUUCCAGGCGCCGCAGACUUUGCGCAGGGCCGCGGAGCGAGGAGUUCCGCCUUCUUUGGAGAAGCGGCGACAGGACGCUUCUCCCCGCUGCCUCGAAGCCCCAGCCGCACACGGCUGAAUCGGCACAAGUACAGGGAAAGGGCGCCGGCUGUGGAGAGCGCGAUUUGCUACACGCUGUCGGACUAUCUUUCCCGUUUUUUUUUCAUGGCAAAGAACAACGAAGUUCUCUCGCUCUCUUUCUUUCUCACGCCCGUCGCGAAUCUCUACCAGCGCUGGCAGAUGGCGCCCUCCGGGGACAUGCAGCGCUGCCGGUUUCCCGAGGUCCUGCGGGUGUGCAGACAGCGCGCGUUUCUCUUUCUCCUCCUCGCGCUCGUUUCGGGUCUGUUUCACGCGUCUCUGAAGGCGACGGCGGUCUGCCUUUUCUUCAGCGCGUUUUGGAUCUUUGGCAUUGGCGCCACGAUGUGCUGCUCCAAGAGCCUGAAGUGGGUGUCCAACUUGCUCACGGCGGUCUUUGGGAUUCUGAUGGUGUCUCGACACCCAAACUUGACUGCGCUGCGCGAGUCACUGCCCUUUCCCGAGUCCAUCCACAUCUUUGUCGCGUCUGCGCUGCUGCUGGUCCUGCCCCAGACUGACCAGUGGGUGCUCGCCACGCACACGCGCCUGCUGUGUCACCUCGCCUCGACUCUCCUCUACGUCUGCUUUUCGCUGCUCUCCUCUGGGCCCUCGCCCGUCGCGACUUCGCUCACGUCGGCCGCGACGGCCGUGCCCCCUGCGUGGGAGGCGCUCUUCGACGCCCCCUUGCCGCUGCGUGGCGUGUUUCCGUUCUCGCUGCUUUCUGCGGCCUUCUCGUUCUGCUUCUCGCGCGCCUUCUGUGGCGCGGUCUUCUGGUGGAGCUUCCACUUGCUCUUCUUCUGCGCCGACGUUUUUCUUUCCGAAUUGUUCGCGCUGUCCUGCAUGCAAGAAGCUGACGAAGCCUGGAGUUUCAUGCUUGAACAGCUCUUCAAAGGCUGGUCUCCCGAAGGCAUCAACGUCGUCGCGCUCACAGACCGGCACCGGCAGUGCACAUGGAUUUCGCGAAACGCCGGACUCGUCUUCAAAACGCAAGCCGACGACCGACGGGGCGAGCGGACGGUGGAAAAAGACGAGGGCGGCGGCGACGAGCCCGCCCCCGCGCGCGACGGCAGAGGGAAAGGCGACGCGGAGACCAAAAAGCCAGACGCUCUUCACGAAGCGAGGAACGGUAUUAUUGCGGAGGACCUCGACGAGUCCGCUUUGUCAUCCGGAUUCUCCUCAGCAGCUGCCUCGCUGGAGAGCGACUGCGUUAGGCACCUGCUGUCGGACGACGUGGGGCGGGAGGGGAAGACGAACACGUUCUUUGUCUCCGCCGCGCGAUUCCUCUUCUCUCCAGCGAACCUCGUGCAGAGCUCCCGCGACUGGCUGAUGUGCUCGAGGGACGCCGUCAAGCGCUACUUCCAUCCGCUGUCGCCCAGCUCCUCCUUCCAGAGCAAGCGAGGCGAGAAUUCGCUCUUCAGUCUCUCGCGAAGUGAGAAGGAAAAGGACGACGCCGCGCUCAUCGGCUUGUCGCUCGACUCGUGGAUUCACCCUGAGGAUCGGCGCGUGUUUGCGCGCGCCUUCGAGAGGGCGGACAAACUCUUCCGUGGCGAAGACCGCGGCGCAUCCCCCGACGCGUCGCCGUCGCUCUCUCGGCGGCAGCUCGCAUUCGAAGUUGAGCGGAGACCCGAGUGUGACGGCGCAAACGAGGAGGCAGAGGACGACGAGACCGACGACGGCCGAUGCAUCGUGCGGGUCCUCUGCCCCCAGGCCAGGAGCUCGUGUUCGCAUCAGGGCGAGGAGGCAGGCGCCGCGCGAGGCGGUGGCGCGAGGCGGGCGCGCGGAGACGCUCAGGGCCUGUCUCCCUUCUCGUCGCCGUCGGGGUCGAUCCUGGUCUCCUCGCCCAUGUCCGCCGCCUCGUUCGGCGUGUCGACUCUCUCGGCCUCCGGGCGCGCGGCGUCGCGUUUCGAGCCCGCGUUCAGCGAGGAUGCUGCGGCACGUGUGCUGUCGGAUGCAAACUACACUUACUACGAGGUGCUGGUCACCCCCUGCCGCUACCCGUGGACUGCUAGCCGCGUGAGACUGACCCGGUACAACGUGUCCUUCUACAACAUCGACGAGCGCGUCAGGCUCCAAAAGCAGCUCGAGUCCCUCGUCCUCGCCAUGUCUGAGACGCUUGGCAUUGCCGCCUGGGCCUUCGACACGCACGCGGUGCAAGCGAAGGAGACCUGCCCGCAGCGGCGCGGCAAGGCCGCGACACCCUGCGUUUCCGACAGCUGCCGCGCAGAGGGUGACGUCAACCGCGGCGGCGAGGGGAGGCCACUCAGACAGGUCCCGCAGGCGUCGCCUCAAACAUCAAGCCAUGAUGGGGCCGUCGAUGGAGUCUCUCCCGUACACAGGGGCGUCAAAGUCAGCUCUGCGCAGACGCCCCUCGCGCCUGCCUCGCCGGCGGCUGCGACUCAGCCGCGGAGCUCCAGAGCUGCCUGUGGGCGGCAGGGGGCGGCCCGCGAGAAGGGCGCCGACCCGGCUGGUCUGUCCGUGCCGCGGUCGCCGCUGCAUGCCUGCGGAAGCCACGGCCCCUCAGGGUCGGGCCCCAGCGCCUUCCUGUCGCCCUCCGCGGGGGCCGCUGGCCCCUCGCCUGGGUCUCCGCUCUCGCCGCUAUCGCCGUCCUCGCCUCUGCUGUCGUCGUCGCUUCCGCCGUCGCACGGGACGACGGGGGCGUCGAUUCCGGGCCCUCUGGGAGCAGCACAGACAGAGGCGGCGCGGGCCGCAGAGAGCGGGCACCGGGUCUCUGCCCCCCCCGGGCCUCCGUUGGGCGAACGUGUGGACCGGCAGCGCGGCGACGAGACAAAGGGUAACCAGGGGGCGAGCGGCGCCUGUCAGACGCAAGAAGGCGGAGAGGGCGAGGCGCGGGGGCGCGGCGACCCGCGGAAGAGCGCAAACGGGCUCGAGCGGGGGGGGCGCGCGCAGCCGCAGCGGGCGAGGCGAGAGGGCGGAGGAGGCGCCGCGGGGGGUGAUGAGGGCGCCGAGCGGGACUGGAGAGGAGAGUUCAGUGGCGACGGGUCCAUUGAGGGAGAGGAGGAUGAGGAGGACGUGCUGGUGGCAGAUAACGGGGAGCAUGCCCGAGUCACCGACGACGACUACGAGGCUGCGCUUCAGGGCACGUGGCUGCAGUACUUCAUGGAGCCUGGCAGAGACCAACUUAUCGAAGCUCUGCGGAAGCUGUUUCGUGACAAGAAACCAUUCAAGCUGGAACUACCGUACGAACGUGCAGACGGACAAGUCAGAUGGUUCAAGGUCGCAGGGUACGCGUCCUCCAGCGAUUCGUCGCUCUUCUGGGGGCUCAUACAGGACGCGACAACGGACCGCACGCAGUUGAAUGAGCAGGAGCGUCGGCGCGCGUUGCUCACGCUGCUGACGGAGUGCCAGUUCGACGGCUGGGGCGUUGCCGACAUUCGCGAGUUGGGACAGAUUGUGGAGGCCUCGCCGUCGCUCAACUCGCUCCUGAAUCGCGACGUGAAGGGGCUGCACUACUCGAUCGUCAUUCCUCCCGCAGUCGUGCCGCACCUGGAGGCAGACGGGUACUGCAUCGAUCACGCCGUGGUGCUUUUCGGUGGCGCCUGCGUACACGACAAGCGGUCGCGCAGAGACGCCGAGACGCGGGAGGGAGACGACUCCGCAGGCCGUCGCACGUGCCGCCAAGUUGGCGGAGACGAUCUGCAGCGCGACUCGGCGGAUGGGCCGUGCCCUUGUGUGCAGCAGUUGAACCAGAGCAAAGUGAUGGCGCUGACGGCGGUGGCGGACCCUGCCGACCCGAGCAUUGCGGUCUUCGGUCUCCGCGACCUACACGUCACGUUCCAGGAGGCGGUCGAGAGUCGCACGGUGAAUCCGUCCAUUCCGUCGCCGCCCUACACGGGCGAUCCAGGGGCGAACGGGGGCCGCCCUGCUUCGCCGUCCCCAGCGCCGUCUGUGUGGCAGCCGGCGCCGACGUCGCGGCGCCGCUCGCUCUCGAACGACCGCACGCGCGGCGAGAGGCGCGUCGGGCGCCCACGAGAGCCCGAGGCAGGCGGCGCGGCGCAGGGUUGGGCUCUGUUGCCACCAGAGGGUCGCGAGGUGAGUCGCGCCGACGCGGCGCGAGGCGAAGAGAGUCGGCGACUGCGGCACGGAGCGGACUUGACGGCCGAUGGCGACAGACGGCUGCUUGCAGACGGAUGCGGAGCUCAGGAUACUCCCGGCGACCACCUUCGGUUGGCAUCGCCCACCGGGAUGGAGUACAGGUCCACGGACGAUCGCUUCCGCGGCGCUGAGAGCUCGCCGCUCCAUGGUGGCGAGGCGCGUCCGGCGGUGGGGGGGUUGGCGGCCGCAGAGGGCGACGCCCAGGGGCCGCGAGCGCCCACAGGGGGUCUGAAAGGCCGGCGGGAAGUGGCGUCGUCGGGCGUGUGGCUGGGAGGUCACGACAAGCUCUCCGGGCUCGCUGUCGUGGACAGGAGCGAGUUGGGCGACGCGAGCAGUCUCUGCGGCAACCGCGCGGACAGCGGCCCCGAGGACGAGGGCGUGAAGGCGCAGACGAGCGGCUCGUUCUUUUUCCUGCCCACGAAAGAGCUGAGCUCCACGUCGUCUUGCACGCGGUCGUCGCCGUCGCGGGCUACGCCGAAGGGCGGCGAGAAGAAGCGAAGCAAGGACAGCAUGAACGCGCCGUCGUCGCCCUCCUUCGCCUCCUCGUCUACGCCGCAGUACCUCGCUUCGCUCUCCUCAACCGGGGUGACGGAUCCGCCAGCAGCCCUCACGCGGACUGCGGCGCUCCGCCGCAUCUCCUCGGUGUCGUUCUCCUCGGGUUCGUCCUGCCUCUUCUCGUCGCCAGACAGACAGAGGGCACACGAGAUGCGCGGCGGCGGCAGGGGCGGAGCCCUGUCCUGCGUCGAGCGCGCCUCAGAGCCUUUCUUCUUGUCUGCGACUUUCGCAGACGUCGACGCCAGAGGCGCGCGAAACAAACAGAAACGCUUCCACGGGCACGCCUCCGUCGCAGCCUCCCUUCCGCCGCUCUCGCUCUGCUUCCCAGCCGCCGCGGAGAUCUUUGCCGCGAAGAAUGCUCGGCAGCGACUGUAUGGACGCGGCGCGGCGGGCGCGCGCGCAGACGCGGACGCGACUGCGGAGGAGGCAGGCCGCAGCGGAGGCGGCCGACCCCCAGCGGCUCUGAACCGGACCGACGGCGACGGAGUCGGCGCGCAUCCUAUCGGGGGAAAAACUGCGGGCAGACUCGACGGGGGGACGUUGCCCUCCACGCGCCUCAAUAGGGGACAGGAGGGUGGUGCGAACGACAGCGGCGCCACACUCGAGACGCGUGCAACAGGCCACACGCGGCCGCCUGACGGGGGGGCCCUCGCGACACUCACUGCCGCUGUCUCCUCGAGAGCUGUCCCUGCUCCCGCUGCUUUCUCGCCUGCGCCGCCGGGGGUCGCAGCGCCUGCACGCCUGGUGAGGCAGUGCAGCGUCGGAGCCAGUGAGGACGAGAGGGACAUCCUAGACUGCGCGGCGGAUCGCGUUAGCGCGUGGGCGGAGGGGCGGAGGGCGAGUCAGCAGGGGGGCGGUCGCGAGGAGGCAGGCGCCCAAGCGUUUUACUCGCCGGCGAAGCCGCGGCUCUCAGGACAUCCCGCGGGACGCGGAUCGACAGACGCAUCCGAGGGGGGCGCCGCCCAGAACGCCUGGGCGCGUGCUGAGAAUGGCGCCACAUGCGCACCGCCGGCCUCCUGCGGCGGACUGGGGGGAGACGCGCGGCGCGCGCACGCCGAGGGACCCGAAGAGGGCGGCGGCGGGGUGCUGGACGCCGCAGCAAAGUGUGGGGAGCGCCGGGGGUCGCCUGGUGCACCGUCGAGUCCGCUGUCGCCGCUCUCCAGGGCGUUGGUUGAGAGGCGAAACUACGACAAGCUGGUACACCCUGCCAUCUGCAGGAGCCGCGACGGCGCAGAGACGGGCUCCUCGCCGCCCGAUAGCACUUUUUGA